GACCGGCCCCGCGGUGGUUGGCUGCGCCGCGCCCGUCGCGCCCUGGUUGGCUGUGGGCCGGGCUGGGCCGCGGGGUCGCGCUCGGCGGCGAGGGCGCGGCUGCGGGCGGGCCGGGGGCGGCGCGAGGGGCGGGGGCGGCGGCGGCGGCCCAUGGACCCGCGGGGCCGGGCGCCCGAGACGCAGCGCCGCGGGGACGGAGCCCAAGAUGUCGGCCUAGGCCGGGGCGAGGCGCUGCGGACGGGCGGGCGGCGGGGCGGGCGGGCGGCGGGCUCCUGAGGGCGCGGCCGGAGCGGCGGCGGCGGCGGCACCAUGUCGGCCAAGGUGCGUCUCAAGAAGCUGGAGCAGCUGCUCCUGGACGGGCCGCGGCGCCACGAGAGCGCCCUGAGCGUGGAGACGCUGCUCGACGUGCUGGUGUGUCUGCACACGGAGUGCAGCCACUCGGCGCUGCGGCGCGACAAGUACGUGGCCGAGUUCCUCGAGUGGGCUAAACCGUUUACACAGUUGGUAAAGGAAAUGCAGCUUCAUCGAGAAGAUUUUGAAAUAAUCAAAGUGAUUGGAAGAGGAGCUUUUGGAGAGGUGGCUGUUGUCAAGAUGAAGAGCACAGAAAGGAUUUAUGCGAUGAAAAUCCUCAACAAGUGGGAAAUGCUCAAGAGAGCAGAGACGGCUUGUUUCCGAGAAGAGCGGGACGUGCUGGUGAAUGGGGACUGCCAGUGGAUCACCACGCUGCACUACGCCUUCCAGGACGAGAACUACCUGUACUUGGUGAUGGACUACUAUGUGGGCGGUGACUUGCUGACGCUACUCAGUAAAUUUGAGGACAAGCUUCCAGAAGACAUGGCCCGGUUCUACGUCGGGGAGAUGGUGCUGGCCAUCGACUCCAUCCACCAGCUCCACUACGUGCACAGAGACAUUAAGCCCGACAACGUCCUUCUGGAUGUGAACGGUCACAUCCGCCUGGCCGACUUCGGGUCAUGCCUGAAGAUGAACGAUGACGGAACGGUCCAGUCCUCCGUGGCCGUGGGCACGCCUGACUACAUCUCACCCGAGAUCCUGCAGGCGAUGGAGGAUGGCAUGGGCAAGUACGGCCCUGAGUGCGACUGGUGGUCUCUGGGCGUCUGCAUGUAUGAGAUGCUCUAUGGAGAAACCCCGUUUUACGCAGAGUCGCUUGUGGAGACCUACGGGAAGAUCAUGAACCACGAGGAGCGCUUCCAGUUCCCUUCCCACGUCACAGACGUCUCUGAGGAGGCGAAGGACCUCAUCCAGAGGCUCAUCUGCAGCAGAGAGCGCCGGCUGGGCCAGAACGGGAUUGAGGACUUCAAGAAGCACGCCUUUUUCGAAGGUCUGAACUGGGAAAACAUCCGAAACCUGGAAGCGCCUUAUAUUCCUGAUGUGAGCAGCCCUUCUGACACCUCCAACUUCGAUGUGGAUGACGACAUGCUGAGGAACAUCGAAAUGCUGCCCCCCGGGUCCCACACGGGCUUCUCGGGACUGCACCUGCCAUUUAUCGGCUUCACGUUCACAACUGAAAGCUGCUUCUCUGACCGCGGCUCCCUGAGGAGCAUCACGCAGGCUGGCAGCUCAGCCAGAGAUGAGGCCGUGCAGCGGGACCUGGAGAGCAGCCUGCAGGCGGAGGCGUACGAGCGGCGGAUCCGCAGGCUGGAGCAGGAGAAACUGGAGCUCAGCAGGAAGCUGCAAGAGGCCACGCAGACUGUGCAGUCCCUCCACGGUGCAGCCCGGGCCCUUGGCAGCUCCACUCGGGACAAAGAGAUCAAAAAGCUGAAUGAAGAGAUUGAACGCUUGAAGACCAAGAUUGCAGAGUCGACUCGACUUGAGCGACAGCUUGAAGACACAGUGGCUCUCCGCCAAGAGCACGAGAACUCCACGCACCGGCUGAAGGGCCUGGAGAAGCAGUACCGCCUGGUGCGGCAGGAGAAGGAGGACUUCCACAAGCAAUUGGUCGAAGCUUCAGAGCGACUGAAAUCCCAGGCCAGAGAACUCAAAGAUGCCCACCAGCAGCGGAAGCUGGCGUUGCAGGAGUUCUCAGAGCUCAACGAGCGCAUGGCGGAACUCCGAUCCCAGAAGCAGAAGGUGUCCCGGCAGCUCAGGGACAAGGAAGAGGAGAUGGAGGUGGCCAUGCAGAAAAUCGACUCCAUGCGGCAGGACAUCCGCAAGUCUGAGAAGUGCAGGAAGGAGCUGGAAGCGCAGCUCGAGGACGCCGUGGCCGAGGCCUCCAAGGAGCACAAGCUUCGUGAGCACAGCGAGAACUUCUCCAAGCAAAUAGAAAGUGAGCUUGAGGCCCUCAAGAUGAAGCAGGGAAGCCGGGGGCCAGGCGCCACUCUGGAACAUCAGCAGGAGAUUUCCAAAAUCAGAUCUGAGCUGGAAAAGAAAGUCUUGUUCUAUGAAGAGGAACUGGUACGGCGGGAGGCUUCCCAUGUACUGGAAGUGAAGACGGUGAAAAAGGAGGUGCACGACUCGGAGAGCCAGCAGCUGACCCUGCAGAAGGAGAUUCUGAUGCUUAAGGACAAGCUGGAAAAGUCCAAGCGAGAGAGGCACAACGAGGUGGAGGAGGCGGUCGGCACGGUGAAGGACAAAUAUGAGCGGGAGCGCACGAUGCUGCUGGAGGAGAACAGGAAGCUGAGCGCCGACAACGAGAGGCUCUGCUCCUUUGUGGACAAGCUCACGGCUCAGAAUCGCCAGCUGGAGGAUGAGCUGCAGGACCUGGCAGCCAAGAAGGAGUCUGCUGCCCACUGGGAAGCCCAGAUCGCAGAAAUCAUCCAGUGGGUCAGCGAUGAGAAAGAUGCCCGGGGCUACCUCCAGGCUCUUGCUUCCAAGAUGACAGAGGAGCUGGAGGCGCUGAGGAAUUCCAGUCUGGGGUCGAGGACGCUGGAUCCCCUUUGGAAAGUCCGCCGCAGCCAGAAGCUGGACAUGUCCGCCCGGCUGGAGCUGCAGUCUGCCCUGGACGCCGAGAUCCGCGCCAAGCAGCUGGUGCAGGAGGAGCUGCGCAGAGUCAAGGACACAAACCUGUCCUUUGAGAGCAAACUAAAGGAUUCCGAAGCCAAAAAUAGAGAGCUAUUGGAAGAAAUGGAAAUUUUGAAGAAAAGGAUGGAAGAAAAAUUUAAAGCAGAUACAGGACUCAAACUUCCAGAUUUUCAGGAUUCUAUCUUUGAAUAUUUCAACACUGCUCCUCUUGCACAUGACCUGACAUUUAGAACCAGCUCCACCAGCGACCAGGAACCACAAGCCGCAAAGCCAGAAGUGUCACUGUUGACUGCUGUGGCCUCGAGUUCAGAACAGCCAGAAGACACAGCUCGGGCACCGCAGAGGCCGCUGCCCACCACACAGACCCUCGCUCUGGCUGGACCCAAGCCGAAAGCACACCAGUUCGGCAUCAAGUCCUUCUCCAGCCCCACGCAGUGCAGCCACUGCACCUCCCUGAUGGUGGGGCUCAUCCGGCAGGGCUGCGCCUGUGAGGUGUGCUCCUUCGUCUGCCACGUGUCCUGCAGAGACAGCGCCCCCCAGGUGUGCCCCAUCCCUCCUGAUCAGGCCAAGCGACCGCUGGGUGUGGACGUGCAGAGGGGCAUAGGAACGGCCUACAAGGGCUACGUCAAGGUCCCGAAGCCCACGGGCGUGAAGAAAGGCUGGCAGCGGGUGUACGCAGUGGUCUGUGACUGCAAACUCUUCCUGUACGACCUGCCCGAGGGGAAGUCCACCCAGCCUGGUGUCGUGGCCAGCCAGGUCCUGGACCUCAGGGAUGAAGAGUUCUCUGUGAGCUCAGUCCUGGCCUCGGACGUCAUUCACGCCACGCGGCGAGACAUCCCGUGCAUAUUCAAGGUGACUGCCUCUCUCUUAGGUUCUCCCCCCAAGACCAGCUCGCUGCUUAUUCUGACAGAGAACGAGAAUGAGAAGAGGAAGUGGGUGGGCAUCUUGGAGGGCCUGCAGUCCAUCCUCCACAAAAACCGCCUGCGGAACCAGGUGGUGCACGUGCCCCAGGAGGCCUACGACAGCUCGCUGCCCCUCAUCAAGGCCGUGCUGACCGCCGCCAUCGUGGACGGGGACAGGAUCGCACUCGGCUUGGAAGAAGGGCUCUACGUCAUCGAUGUCAACCGAGACGUGAUCGUCCGCGCCGCCGACUACAAGAAAGUCUACCAGAUCGAGCUCGCGCCCCGGGAGAAAGUGGCCGCCCUCGUGUGCGGACGGAACCACCACGUGCACCUCUGCCCCUGGACUGCCUUUGACGGGACAGAAAGUAACGUGGACAUCAAGCUUCCUGAGACCAAGGGCUGCCAGCUCAUGGCCAUGGCCACGCUGAGGCGGGGCGGGCCCACCUUCCUGUUCGUGGCCGUGAAGCGGCUGGUGCUGUGCUACGAGGUCCUGGGCACCAAGCCCUUCCACAGGAAGCUGCGCGAGCUCGCGGCACCCGGCCACGUGCAGUGCAUGGCCGCGUUCAAGGACAAGCUCUGUGUUGGCUACCCUUCCGGGUUCUCUCUGUUGAGCCCGCAGGGCGAUGGGCAGCCUCUAAACCUGGUAAAUCCCGAUGACCCCUCGCUUACGUUCCUCUCGCAGCAGUCUUUCGAUGCCCUUUGUGCUGUGGAGCUCCAAAGUGAGGAGUACCUGCUUUGCUUCAGCCACAUGGGACUGUACGUGGACCCCCAAGGCCGGAGGGCGCGCGUGCAGGAGCUCAUGUGGCCCGCGGCGCCUGUUGCCUGUAGUUGUAGCUCCUCCCAUGUCACGGUGUACAGCGAGUAUGGCGUGGAUGUCUUCGACGUGCGGACCACGGAGUGGGUGCAGACCAUCGGCCUGCGGAGGAUCCGGCCCCUGAACUCGGACGGCAGCCUCAACCUCCUGAGCUGCGAGCCCACGCGCCUCGUCUACUUCAAGAGCAAGUCCUCGGGAGCAGCGCUCAGCGUGCCCGACACCUCCGGCAACAGCAGGAAGCAGAUGCUGCGCACCCGCAGCAAGAGGCGCUUCGUGUUCAAGGUGCCAGAGGAGGAGCGGCUGCAGCAGCGGCGGGAGAUGCUGCGAGACCCGGAGCUGAGAUCCAAGAUGAUUUCCAACCCCACCAACUUCAACCACGUGGCGCACAUGGGCCCAGGCGACGGCAUGCAGGUGCUCAUGGACCUGCCGCUGAGCGCUGUGCCCCCCUCUCAGGAAGACAGGCCCGGCCCCACCCCCGUGGCCCGGCAGCCUGCGGUCCGGAGCAAGCCCUACAUCUCCUGGCCCUCGUCAGGUGGGCCUGAGCCUGGGGUGGCCGUGCCCCUGAGAAGCAUGUCCGACCCCGACCAGGACUUCGAUAGAGAGCCUGACUCGGAUUCCACCAAACACUCACUCCAUCGAACAGCUCCAACCCCAGCGGCCCGCCCAGCCCCAACUCCCCCCACAAGAGCCAGCUCCCCCUCGAAGGCCUGGAGCCCCCCACCUCUGAUGCCUGAAUGUUGCGCCAGGGCGGGGCCUCCCACGGCAGUGCCAAGACCAGCCGACCCUCAGUGUUGCCCCGACUGCACAGCUCGUGAAGGAAGACGCCACGUUAGCCAGGGGCCUGAGCAUCAGGCGAGGAGGGAAUCGGCGGCCUACCUUGGCUCCGGUGGCCUUCGUGUCCGUGUCCCACUCCCGCCAGAGCCUCGUGUGCGCUUGUCGUCCCCAGCCGUGAUGUCACCAGUAUGUACUACUGUGAAGUCCUCGCUUCCGCCCUGCAUGGAGCCCAACAGCCCCGCCGGGGUCCUGUGGCGCCUUCCCUCCUCCGUCCCAGUGGCUGAGGAACGCGUGCCCUCACCCCGAGUUGGCACCGAGUGACGGGCACCUCCCACUGUGUCACGCCAGCCCCAUCCAGGCCUUCUGGGCUCUGGUUUUUACUUUUUUAAUGUAAGUCUGAGAGUCUUUGUAAUUAUUGAAUCGUGAGAACACUUUUGAGCAAUUUACCUGUCUAUAAAUAAAGCAGACGCCGCAGUUCCAGA